GAUGAAUUAUAGAUGGUGAUAGAAAGCUGAGGAUGCAGCUUUGGUCCCAAACACAUCCCAUCGACUUAUAGUGCCCACAGCAAGCCAAACAUUGCUUCAACGAGACGGUCCAAGUUCAACUAGCUUCGGCACCUGAGGAGGAGAUGUAUCUGAAUCUCUGAUUUCAACCACCUCUUUAGAAGAGCAUCCCGGCACAAGAAUUUACUCCGACAGGCACACCUUCACAAGGCUGACAUGAUGCGCGGAUCUUUUGGACAUGGGACAGCCGUCGGAUUGAUGUUAUUAAACGCACUAUUCCUUGCGACGCAAACUGCUGAGGAAGGAAUCUUCACAAAUCAUCUCUUGGUUCAGCUGCAUGAAGACACUCAUGAUGAAGCGCAUCAACUUGCCACAGAACACGGGUACCAGAGUGUCCGUAAGGUUCCCUUUGGAGAGGGGCUUUUUCACUUUUAUCCCCAGGACAUCCCUCAGAGACGGAGCAAACGCAACACUCGCAACCGACAGCGACUCCAGAAGGACCGCAGGGUCAAGAACGUCGUUGACCAGGAAGGCUUUGGCCGCCAGAAACGAGGCUACCGGAACAUCAAUGAUUUGGAAGUGAACAUGAGCGACCCUCUGUUCUCCAAACAGUGGUAUCUGAUAAACACCGGCCAGGCAGACGGGACCCCGGGACUUGACCUGAAUGUGGCAGAGGCUUGGGAGCUGGGCUACACCGGGAGGGGGGUCACCAUAGCCAUCAUGGAUGAUGGAAUUGACUAUCUUCACCCGGAUCUUGCUUCCAACUAUAACGCGGAGGCCAGCUAUGACUUCAGCAGCAAUGACCCGUACCCUUACCCCCGCUACACGGACGACUGGUUUAACAGCCAUGGGACCAGGUGUGCAGGGGAGGUAUCCGCUGCAGCCAAUAACAAUAUCUGUGGAGUUGGAGUGGCCUACAACUCCAGGGUGGCAGGAAUCCGGAUGCUGGAUCAACCCUUCAUGACGGACAUUAUCGAGGCGUCCUCCAUUAGUCACAUGCCCCAAGACAUUGACAUCUACAGUGCCAGCUGGGGCCCCACUGAUGACGGCAAGACCGUGGACGGGCCCCGAGAGCUUACCCUCCAGGCCAUGGCUGAUGGGGUUAAUAAGGGACGUGGAGGAAAAGGCAGUAUCUAUGUAUGGGCUUCAGGAGACGGCGGUAGCUAUGACGACUGUAACUGCGACGGUUACGCCUCCAGCAUGUGGACAAUCUCCAUCAACUCAGCCAUCAACGAUGGGCGCACGGCCCUCUAUGAUGAGAGCUGCUCCUCCACCCUAGCAUCCACCUUCAGCAAUGGACGCAAGAGGAACCCAGAGGCUGGUGUGGCCACCACAGACCUGUAUGGCAAUUGUACCCUGCGGCACUCUGGGACCUCAGCGGCUGCACCUGAGGCUGCUGGUGUGUUUGCCCUGGCGUUGGAGGCUAACCCUGACCUGACAUGGAGGGACAUGCAGCACCUGUCUGUGCUGACCUCCAAGAGGAACCAGCUACAUGAUGAGGUGCACCAGUGGAGGAGGAAUGGCGUGGGUCUGGAGUUCAACCACCUGUUUGGGUAUGGCGUGCUGGACGCCGGCGGCAUGGUGAAGAUGGCCAAGGAGUGGAAGACUGUCCCCGAACGCUUUCACUGUGUGGCCGGAUCGAUCCAGGAGACCCAUAAGAUACAAACAGGUGACAAGGUGGUCUUGGCCAUCACCACGGACGCCUGCCAGGGAAAGGACAACUUUGUCCGCUACCUAGAGCACGUCCAGGCUGUGAUCACCGUCAACGCCAGUCGCCGUGGCGACCUCAGCAUCAACAUGACCUCCCCCAUGGGCACCAAAUCCAUCCUGCUGAGUCGCCGGCCCCGAGAUGAUGACGCCAAGGUGGGCUUCGACAAAUGGCCCUUCAUGACCACCCACACCUGGGGAGAAGACCCCCGCGGCACCUGGCUCCUCGAAGUGGGAUUCCACGGUGAGGAGGAGCCACAAAAGGGAGUCCUAAAGGAGUGGACUCUCAUGCUGCACGGAACACAAAGUGCUCCAUACAUAGACCAGAUAGUGCGCGACUACCAGUCUAAACUGGCCAUGUCCAAAAAGGAGGAGCUGGAGGAGGAGCUGGAUGAAGCUGUGGAGAGGAGUCUGAAGAGUCUGCUGAGUAAAAACUAGCUCACUACUGUCUGCAUGACAUGACUCUCUCCACUUCCUCUUUCUCUCUCUCUCUCUCUCCUGUCUUUUUCCUUCUCCCUCUCUUUCUCCCCCUCCCCCCUUUUGUCUUUCGCUUCCUUGGACGGACGCCCCCCUCCACCUGCGUCCCACAACUCACCUUGUUUCCCUCUUUCACCCUCCUGUCUCGUUCGCCCUCCUCUCCCCUUCCCCUUCUUCCUGUUUUUCUACCUCUCUGUCUCUCCUCUUCAGCCUUUCCUUUGCUUUAGUUUAUUCUGUACUUGACUUAGCCACCCCACCUUCUAUGAAUGUUUCUAGUUAUCCAAUCAUGAUAAUACGUAACCUUCAAUUAAUCUGUUCUAUGUAGAGAAAACAAAGAUCCCAUCCAGCUUUCAAUGUUUUUUACACUUUACGAAAAAUGUAUAUAAACACAAUAUAUACAUCAGUAUUUACACCAUAUCAUGUUUUUGCUUUCCCUGCCCUCCACCUCUGAUCAGGCAACUGAUGUACAGUUUGUGACUGUAAAUUAUUUUUCCGUGUCAUUCUACUUAAAGUUGAAUAUCUUGCAAGCA